AUGUGGUCGCGCAGCUUGCUGUCAUCUUGCAGUUCGUUCCGCGAGUCUCAGUACGCGGCCGACGAGCAAUCCGCUCAGGACGAGUCGCUCGCAUCUCUCAACGGUAAUACUGAGCCGUGUGUCUCAGGGGGCGGUCGCGGGGGCCCGGGAGGGGCGCGCGAGGCGUCCUCGGAGGGCUCCCUGGCGGAGGCGACGCCGGAUACGGACGAGUCCGGCCCCGGGGGGUCAGCGCCCGGGGCCCAGGCUCAGGAACAUCGACAUCGCGCUAAAAGGCGUCACCACCCGCCUACCCAUCACCACGAAUUGCAACCAAAGCAGGGCGUCCAAGUAGCAGCUCUUGAAGUGCAGAACGUGAAACGCGCCAUCAACCGCUACGGUACCUUGCCCAAAGGGGCCCGUAUAGGCGCCUACCUGGAGUCGCUCCGUCAAACAGGCGGCCCCGCCCCCGCAGCUAACCCCACCCCCCUAGAGGAGGCGCGCUCCCUCUCCCCGCGCACCGCCCGUGCACAAACCCACAUGAUCCGCUCCAACUCGUCGGGUGGAGUCACAGCCCCCGCCCCCGCGUCGCCCCGUACCGCCCGUGCUGCGGCCCCCCUCCGCUCGUUCGCCAACAGCCCCGCUAAACCGCGCCCCCGACUCGCCGAGCUCGAGUUCCCACCCCCACCGCCUGACUUACCCCCGCCCCCCGAGGAAACACAACCGCCCCCGCCCCCGCCCCCCGAAUGCUGCCGCGACGCCGGCACCGACACCGCGGAACACGAACCCGACGAAAAGUCCGCCAAACAAACCAUGAAGGAGAUGCUCGAAUUGAAACUAGUCGCCGAGAUUAAAGAGCGAGCCGACAAAAAGAAACAAAGACAGAAAGAUUCACCUCCCCAUGACAUCAUCGAAGUGCAUCCAUCGUUCGGUGAUCCGGUCACCAGGCUGGUCUCCGAACUGUCGGAGAGUCUGAAUCUCGAACCGCGCAAGGAUAAGAAGUCCGAACCUCCGCCCGCCCGACCGGUGGACAACGGAAAAGAGACCGUCUCGCCUAUAGAUUUAAAGGCGAGCUUACGCAAAACCCCGUACAACAAUAACGUCGAUCAAAGGAAGGACGACAAACCGGGCACCGAUUUUAAGUCACAAUUGAAAAAGGUCGAGACCAACAAGAAAGUUAACAGUGCGGCGAAGGAGACCGAGGAGUCUGGUCGAUCCAUUAUAGACUUUAAAUCUCGAUUGAGGAAGGUCGACAGCGGAACGGCCGCUACUAACGGGACUGUUAAGAAGGAACAGAGUUCCCCAGAGGAUUGCAAAGAGUCUGAUAGGAAACGAUCGGAGAGUGGGUCUCUGGACACUAGUGGUGGCGACGAAGAGGACAAACGUCGCAGUACUGGCAGUAUCAGCAGCUUGAAGAAGCUUUGGGAAAAUAAGGAGACAGAGGAACGGCUCAGUCCUAAGCUACGGAGCAAGGAUGAAGAGGAGACUUCUCCUGAAGAGAGGAGUAGACGGCGGGAUGAGAGGCCCGUGGUACCGCACAAACCUGCAGUGAGGAAGUCAAAGGGGGGGUCCUUUGUGGAGAAAAAUAAAUGUUUUAUUACAUUUUUUUAAAUUAACGUACAGGCCAUAAGUCAAUGUCAAAAUAAUCUUUGUUUAAAUAGACUUCUAAAAAUUACUUUUGAAUCGUCCAACAUUUUUUUCCCUACCGUUCGUUCAGGACGUCUUUUGGCUGAUAAGAAGAGCGAGCAAGAAACUCAUCAACUCUAAUAGGAGCAACGACAUACACAAAAACCAUGUCAUUAACAGAUAAAUAUAUUAUAAAUAGAGAGAAAAAGCUUAAUAUUAUGAUAUCAUAAUAAUUUAAUAAUAAUGGAAACAAGAUAAUUUUUAAUACAUAAUGGGUUUAGAAGUAAUCACCUAUCCAGUUGCUGGACCAUCUCAAGUCCAAGCGUUCUUAUCUGUUAUAUAAUCGGAUACCUUAUAAUAAGCUUUUUUAAUAGUACAGUUAAACUGCAUGAUUAUUAAUCCAAUAUUUGACAAUGUCGAAAAAGUAAUAAUCGAGAAUGCCAAAAUAGUUAUUUAAGAUACGAGUGCGGAAAGUAAGGUUUUACGAAUAAGGGCCAAAUUGACACGAAUUCAAAAAACCUUUUACGCUCAAGUUUCUUACAACAUUUUUCAAUGCUUUUUGCGAGGAAAUAAAACAAAUAUAUGGGUUAAUAAAACUAAGUAUAUAUUGAAGGUAAAAAUUAUUUGUUAAAAUUAAACGUGAUAUUUGAAUAUGUUUUCGUGUCAGGCGUUUUUAUUUGAAAAUAUUCGUUCUAGGCUCCUUGAAAUACUUUUGCCUCUAAAGUUUGACAUAUUUUCAUCAAUUUUUUUUUAAUUUCUUUGGUGCUCGGCCAAAAAAAAUAAAAAAAUACUUUUAAGCACGUGUGCAGUAAAGGAUUUCAGUACAUUUUUAUUUAACAUGUGUUAAAAGACUCACUUUCGGUGUUUACAAUGGAUUAAAAAAAUAGCGCUUUAUGAGCAACUGCAUUGAAAAAAAAUAGAGUUGCGCUGUCCGAUGACGUGAUACCCCGCGUUGAGCAGGUGAGGCGCGGGUGCGGCGGCGGCGGCGGGCGCGGCAGCCUCUGGCGGCUGCAGACGUCCGAGCGGCUCGCGCGGCUCGGGUCGUCGUGCGCGGCGGCGGCGGGCGGGGCGUGCGCGCCGCAGUUGCGCGUGCAGUUGCGCGCGGCCGCCGCACGCCUCGAGGCGGAGGCGAGGGCGCUGGCGUCGCCCGCACCGCCCACGCACCACCUCGCCGACGGUGUGGAGCAGGCGCUGCGGGAACUGCACACCAUCGUGCAC